AAAGUCCGGCUCAAUGAAAAGUGGCUGGUGCGGUAGUUAGGUUUUAGUUUUUUCUUUUGUUAUCUUUUUUUGCCGGUUUUUUUUUAGACGAUGGAAAUACCACCUCUUGCACCAAAUGAUAUCGAACAGCGGAAUAUUAUCGAUAAGCUUGCCGACUUUGUGGCUCGCAAUGGACCCGAGUUUGAAUCGAUGACCAAGUCCAAACAGCGAGGCAAUCCAAAGUUUGAAUUUCUCUACGGUGGCGAAUUUUACAACUAUUAUCAGUACAAAGUGAUUACAAAACAAGCCAUGAUGAAACAGCAGCAGCAGCAGCAACAACAACCGCAACCAAACAUGUCCCUCCCUCCUUUAAUGGGACAACACGGGAUUCCAUCAUUACUUGCUGGAUUUCCACAGCAACCACCGCCACAGACACAACUACCGCCCGGUGCUUUACAGCAGCAGCAACAGCAGCACCAAUCGCAAGUGCAGCAUCCAUCACAACUAGCGCCACCAUCCAACCCAAAUGGAAGCGGAUCCACCAACACAAUGGCCCAAAUCUGGUCCAAUCCACCCCCGGUCAAUUCUGGUCCGCCAAAUCCGGCCUUGCCCCUUGGACCGAAUAACCUGAACAGUCAGCUUACGGCACAACUUGAAGCACUCACAAAACAGCAACAAACGCUCAGCGAGCAAAUACGCCAGUCGGAAAUGAAUCUCACAGCACAACAUGGGGUUCUGCUACAGCAGCAGCAAGUACAGAUUGAUGAAUCCCUCACGAGGGCUCAGGAAGAAAUGUUGCUCGCACAGGCGAAAGAAAACAAUAUUUCAUUGCACGAAUUUGACACUAAACUGCAGCCGAUCAUCGAUUCCUGCACGAAAGACAGUAUCUCCAAUGGAAAAGGCUGGAUUUUACAGCAUUGUACCGAUUCGGGAAAAUGUCAAAUUAUUUCGCAGUAUCUUUUGAGAAAGGCGUUAAUAGCUGGAGUUUUAUUUACACAAAAAUUGCACCUGAUAUAUUUAGUAAAUGAUGUUAUACAUCAUUGCAUCCGGAAAAACGCCGACGAGCUGAAAAAGUGUCUGGAGAGUGCGGUAAUACCGAUGUUCUGCAAUGCAAAAAUUACAGCCGCCAACGAGGAGCAAAGAGGAAAACUGUCCAAACUCCUUUCGCUUUGGGAAUCGAAAGGCAAUUUUUUCGACGCCUGUGUCAUUUCCAAGCUGAAGUCUCCUCCGUCCUCGCUGCAGGAAUAUCAAACCAGUCUAAUGACGCAGCACGCGAACGUUGUGGCAGCGAUUCACCAAGCCACAAAAACCACCUUCGAAAAUUAUCAACAGCAGCAUCAAGCAUUCGUUCAGCAUGCGACGCAACAGAUCGCUCUACUGGAGAAACAAAAGCAGCAGCAGCUCGAGCAGCAUGCCCGUAAGGCAGGCCUUUCACAAAUACCGCCACCCCUCAUGCCCGAACUCAUGGCAGCCGUAGUCGGAGCCAACAAUGGCAGCACAGCCAACGGACCACCCGGUGGUGCAAUCGGAGGUCCACCGGUAGGAGUGUUGGUAUCUUCUGCUUCGUCGGUACCCCAGCAACUGCCGGUCGGAGAUCGAGGUGGAGUAGGAGUUGCUGCACCCGGCGGAGGACCGGGAGCUGGUGGUGGUGGUGUUGGUGGAGGAACAGGAGGUCAGAUACCAUCUCUUCUCGAUCAAAACAUAAACUUUGAUCUGCUAUCCGCGGCAUUGCAAAAACUCAAAAAUAUUACAGACAACGGCCCUGUUUCUGGGGGCAAUGGUGGUCCGGGGGGAAUGGUACAGAGUGGUGCGAAUAACAUUUCACCUCUCCAACCUCCGCCAUCGGGACGCGAUGCUGAUGGUGGUGGCGGCUCCGACUACACGCAGCCUCCGCCCAACUUCCCAAUUCCGGAUCUUUCGCGUCCACCGCCCAACUUUCAAUACGGGCCUGCAUCGAAUCAUCAAGCCGAUGGGAUGCACAACAGCAACAGCAAUAGUAGUGGGGAUCAGCACCAUCAGCAGCAUCAUCACCCCGGGCUGGACGGAGAUCACGACGAGCGACACGAUCGACCGAUGGGAUCGUCAGGCUUGUUGAUGCACGACGAUCGCGACAGAGACGAGUUUGACCAGCAUCAUCACCAUUCGGAACACCAGCCAGAUCAGCAAAACGAUCAUCAGAAGCAAGCACUCGGUGAAGGUUCCGAUGGAGACACGCCGGUCGCGGCCCCACAACCGGUGAAAAUUCCUUACUUUGAACUACCGGCCGGAUUGAUGGUUCCACUGAUUCGGCUGGAGGACUUCAACUACCAUCCACUAGAUCCGGACGAGAUUCGUCUCCCACCGCCAACGCCCACGAACGAUCGGCUGAUGGGUGCCGUCGAAGCGUUCUACGCACCGCCGAGCCACGAGAGGCCACGUGAUGGGGAAGGAUGGGAGAAGCUUGCACUGUACGAAUAUUUCAAGGUAAAAAAUGCUUCCCGCAAGCAGAAGGAGGAUGAACUUGAGCGGGGUGUACGCGAACGAUCACGCUCGCCCUCGCCAAUCGAUCCAGACUUGCUGAAGGCCACCAAGAAGCAGAAAAAGCGUACCUACCGCUCCAAGAGCCGCUCGCGAUCGCGCUCCCGAUCGCGUUCACCGUCCGACAGUGUGCCGGGAGGAGCUCUCCAGCACCAUCAGCAGCAACUGCAGCAGCCAGCGAUGCACGGUACCAUCAGCGGAACCGUUCGCAAUAACCAACGCCACCAUCAUCGUAACCGUCGCUCGGGUAGCCGAUCUCGGUCCCGUUCGCGAUCCCGUUCGCCCUCGCGACGUUCUCCAUCGUCCGGUGCUUCAAUUACGGGACGUAGAGGCCGCAGUCGGUCUCCAGUACGCCGCGGAGGAUCCGGUACUGCUGGGGGUUCCGCAGGUGUGGAUCGUGACCAUCGUGAUCGUGGUGGUCGGGAAGUAAGGCGAUCGCCCACUCCGCCCAGCUUUGGUGGAGGCGGGUACAUGAAGCCCAGUAAUUUCCUUGAGGAAACCAGUAAACCCGGUGGUAGCGGUCACCCGGUGCAUCAUGUAAUGAAGGGAGGAGGCAUUGGUGGCGGUAAUGGUGGUAGCGGUGGUGGCGGUGGUGUUGGUGGUGGUGUUGUUGGUGGUGGUGGAGGCGGCGGCGGCAUGGGCUCAGUUGGGGCAGGUGGCUCGGGAGGCAGCAUGGGUGGCGACCGGAUAGGGCUCGGGGCAACGAUUGAACCGUUCCGGCACGAGGCGCACAAUCCAGCUGAUCCGUACGAAAGUUUUCGUAAAAACAAGGGUGCAGCUUUCAUCACGCGUAUGAAGGCACGCGCUGACGAACGUAACUAAAACUUCGGGAUGACGAUUAGAAAUGCGUGUUCCUGUUGCUCGGGAUGUUCAUCGUGUCGUGAAAGUCAAAAUAGAAAAGAAUAAUUAGAAGUAGUACUAUUUUAAGACCAGUGGCACCCAGCAAAUAAAAUCAAUGAAAUCCUCUGCAAAUUGCCAACGGGUUUUGCUUUGUCCUCAUCCAAUGUUCAUUGGAGUUCAUGCAGUUCCAUGCGAAAAUCUUUCGUUAAGUUCUGAUAAAAAGGACCAACCAAUAGCGCCGUAAUCGAUCCGUAUCGUCACUGGUAGUGUACCGGUUUAUUUUCAAUUUUCAAAUAAAUACUGUAUAG